AGAGCUCAUGAGGCGAGAGAGAGAGAGAGAGACGCUGCCUAAUCUCAUCCCGUUAUCUUCUUCCUUGUGCGAGCUUCCUCCAGCGACAAUGGCUUUAUCGGUUUCAAACCUCGCUUCUUCUCUCUCGUCCCUCUCUUUCUCUUCCCAAGUUUCUCAGGGACCAAACACACUUUCCUUCUCCUGGACGAACUCGUUGUUCUCAUUACCGGCCAAAUCCGCUCGUCGCGCUUCUCUCUCUGUAACCGCCACGGUAGCUGCUCCCGCGGAGGUAGCGGAGGAUGAUACGAUGGAGCUGAAGAAGUACGUGAAAUCUAGGCUUCCGGGAGGUUUCGCAGCACAGAAAAUCAUAGGCACGGGACGGCGUAAGUGCGCCAUCGCUCGAGUUGUGCUCCAAGAAGGAACCGGGAAGGUUAUUAUUAACUAUCGCGAUGCCAAGGAGUACCUUCAGGGCAACCCAUUGUGGCUUCAAUACGUUAAAGUGCCAUUAGUGACACUUGGUUACGAGAACAGCUACGACGUGUUUGUGAAAGCUCAUGGAGGCGGUCUCUCUGGUCAAGCUCAAGCCAUUACUCUCGGAGUUGCUCGUGCCCUCCUGAAGGUAAGUGCAGACCAUAGAUCUCCUCUGAAGAAAGAAGGUUUGCUCACUAGAGACGCGAGAGUCGUUGAAAGAAAGAAGGUUGGGCUCAAGAAGGCUCGUAAGGCACCACAAUUCUCCAAGCGUUAAAAGAGCUUUUGUUAUUUGUAUUAUUUGUUGGAUUUCAGUUUAUGUGUAGAUGAACCGUUCUCUGUUUUGAUUAAAUAUAAUGCAAAGCCAAAAGUGAAUUUUUUUUUUUAA